AUGCAGCCCGUCUCCCCGUCCCCCCACUGCAUCAAUGAUGAAGAUGACGAUGAAGAUCUCGAGAAUUCCUAUUUUUCCCCCACUGGUUGGCUUCAUUCACUCUCCGCCCGCGACUGCAGCUCUCCUCCCAUUGAUUUCUACUCACUCAACAAGCGCAUCCCCGCUGCGCGCUCCCGCUGCCCUGUGGAUCAGACUCUGGAGACUCUGCGGCACCAGGAGGACGCUGCACUGCUGAUCCAAAGACAAGAGACCCUCCUCACCUCCAGGUGGACACACGCUGACACACAGAUAGACAGACGGAGCCUGUCCUCGCUGCUGCAACAUGUUCCUGCUACUCUACACACGGCUGGACAUGAGGAGCGACACGCAAGAUACUGGGAGUACACAGACUGCCUAGCAGUGCACUCACUUCGCCAGGGCAUGGACUGGCUUUCAUACAAAGUUUUGGGAUUCCGUGGCGGCUUUUUCCCCCCACCCGUAUUCCAUGAAGACCUGCCCUAUUCUGCCUCAGAUUGGCAAAAUCUUGAUUCUCUGGAGGGGUCCAUCCAAAACCUGCUGUCGGUGCUGUACCCGCCCUUCGAGGCCACCGCCCCCACUGUUCUCAGCCAGGUCUUCCAGAUCAUUGACAGUCGUUAUCAGGGAGACGCCUUGCGGUGCCUGCUGGACUUUCUGGUCCCAGCCAGGCACAUCUUAGACACUGUGCAGCAGGCUGCAUGUGCUCAAUACUCUGAUGCACUGUUCCUCUGUGAGGGCUGGCCUCUGUGUUUGCGUGACCAAGUCGUCAUCCAACUUGCUCCCAUCGACUCCCUGCUUCUUCAGCCUGGAGACUUUUACCUUCAAGUGACACCGUUCUGUGACCAAUCAGCUCGCAUUGUGGUUUGCAGCCUGCUGGAAGAGGAGGGGCUUCGAGUGGAACUAGUCGAGGAGACCCCGGUCCCUGAAACUUCCUAUCCUUGUAUAUUCAGCCUUGACUGGUUAGAGGAGAUCAACCAGGGCCGCCAUGGAACGUCUCUCAGCCGAUGCCUGCUUGCCACUGAGCAGGGUGUGGUGAGGUUACCAUGGGAACGGGUGGCCGUGCCUGAUUUUGUGGACAUACCACAAAUAUGUCCAGCGAAGCACGGCAUUGCUGUGUCACUCCGCCUCGUGGAUACUAGCAGUGCUUCUUCAUCCAAGCUGGUCAAAGUGAAGGAGACUGAACCAGAGCCAAAGCCUAUCGGCUGGGUGUCCCCAAAUACAUGGGACAGCCGCAUUACUGGGGCAAAUCCAAAUACAUCGCAAAAAACAAGCACUGUUUCAGAGAAACCCUGUACUCCGUGCAUGAGGAGGAGACAAGGCGGACAGGUUUCCAGAGCUCAGGAGCUGAGGUGUCGAUACAGGGAAUCCUACCAGGCGGCAAUCCAAAACCCUGUCGCCUUUGGACAGGGAACAGAGAGUGGGAAUAUGUUAGCUGUGGUGGAGGAGGAUGGAGAUUUCUCAAAGUGUGAUGACAGAAAGAGGCCACCAGAGACUGAAACAGGGGAUCCAUGGUGUAAUGCCGAAGGAAUGUGGUGUGAUCCCGGGAUGCAAAACCAGUCCUCUUCCUCUGUCAGUGGAGCCAUCUGUAAGGAGUCAGGAGAAAAGAACACUGUUCCAUAUUGGAAAACAGGAGAUACAAACUCUGCCCCCUGUAUGGAUUACAGAAGCACAAAUGUUUUAAAAUGUGUUGGACAACCGGAGCAGACAACUGAAAGGACCACUGUGCCAUUUAGGGAAACAAGAGAUCUUCUCUCUGCCAAACUUUAUGGCAAUUUACAAACUGUGAACGGAACAAAUUUAUCAGCAGGAACAAGGAUAAACACGAGCUCAAAUGAUCCUAAAGAGGCAGAUGUGACCUCCACCAGACAUCAUGGAUUACCAUUUAGUUCUGGUGACAAUUCAGCGAUGAACAUGAGCACCUAUAAGCCUCGUCAAAGGCUGCAAAACAGAACCGAUUCCAUGGGAGGGAAUCCAAACCUUUCUAAGUAUCUUACGGCACCACAGAACAGACGAGAAUCAGUGUUAGAUGGAAGAUGUUCCUCCCUCUCCACAGCGGUGGUGGACACCUCAGAGAAGUGUGAGGUGGUCAUUGUUGAAGGUCAAAAUGUCAGGAGAAGAGAAAACACUGACCCCUGUGCAGAGAUUCCCCAGCUACAUGUGGUCAAGUGUAAGAAAAGCACAGCCUUUGGACUGGUUUCACCCAAGAUCAACAGGAAGAAGAUGGCCAUUCCAGAUGGUGCUCAGACUGUCAAUACCUCCAUAAUCAGUAGAAAUGGCCUUCAGAUGGAGAGCAUCUCACAGAUGGUUCUACCUCCAGCUGAAGAGACAGAGCAGAAAUCGCAGCUUUCCUCUGCUCGUCCCAGACCUGACCACCUCCCCCUGGGAUCCCCAGACCCCAGAGCCCACCCCCUCUAUUUAGGAGUAGCCUCUCUCACAGGCGGCAGAGAUAGGACAGGCAGGGCAAUAGUUGAGCUCUAUGGAGACCACCAGGGAUGGAGAUCAAAUGUAACAAGCCAGGAGCUCUUCCAAAUGCUGCUCUACUUCUACUCUAUUAUCAGGAGAGAAAUCAGAGAAGUUGGGCUGACGCUCAUUUUUGAUGCGAGGAAGACAAAUCCUCAACCACAGGUUUAUAAGGCCUUGAUGACACUUGAGGAGCAGACUCCACAGGCAGUGAACAGUUUGGUGAUGCUGGUGGACAAAGAGAGCAUCCUCCAGCCAGAGAGGUGUCCUGGCAUCCAGACUGAAGUGGUGACAUCGAUGAAAGCUUUGUUCAAAGUGGUGGAGGUGAGUCACUUGAGCUCCCGCCUGGAUGGGACUCUGUCUCACAGUUACUGUGACUGGAUGAAGCUACACCAGAAACUCUUCCCAUUUGUAUGUGAUCUUCAUGAGGCGUCAAGUCUGCUGCUGAGAGCCAUCAGUACAUUAGAGGAGACCCAGAGAACAAACACUGUACAAACUGUGCAGCAGUGUAUGAUGGACCAGAGGACUCUGAUGAGCGAUGUACUGGGAGACAGCCGAUUGGUCAACCUGCAGAGGGAGGGCGGGGCCAUCCUGGCUCGGCUGAGGAAGGAGAGUGACCUCAAAUACCCUCACUGCGAGGACCUCAGUGAUGCAGUGGACUCGGUGACCAGCCUUUACAACCAUGUGGAGGAGCAGGCUCACGUCCUCGUGCAGAGGUCUAACAUGUCUCUGGAGCACCUGGAGUAUCUACUGCAACUCAGAGAGACGGAGGGACAUUUCACACAGAUGCAACAGUGGUUUAAUGCAGAGGGAGAGCGCCACCUGCUGGAAGCUGAAUCAGUCGAAGACUCUGGAGACCGAAUGGAGCAGAUUCUAAACAGCUUCACUGGUUUCCUUAUUGAGGCUAAUGAUCGCAGACACCAUGCCAUGUCUUUAGCGUCAGACGCAGAGCGGCUCCAGCAGAGUGGGCUGAACUACCCAGAAACUGAGGCGUUCAGGACUUUAGUUUGCACCUUCAAGUCAGGCCUGGAGGACUUCCUGUGUAGGGCAGAGGCGUGUGGCAGGGAGCUGCAGAUCAUGGUCAAUGUGUGUGAUUUUUGUGAGCAGGCUACGGCUCUGGCCAGUGAAUGCAUUGAGUACCUGGAACAGAAUCAACCCAGAAUCCACACAAUGCAAGACCAUGAUCAAAAAACAACACCUGUCAAUCAAACAAACAGUCAGCCUGUACAACAUCAAAACCAGGGUCAAGGCCCAAGCAGCAUCUCCCUCUCUGAGUCUGAUAUUCACGCAACGCAUGGCUCUGGCACAACAACCGACAGUGUUUUACCGCCAGGCAACGACAUCUCCAUUCUCCAGACUUUUCAAGACAAGUUCCUCCAGUUCAGCCCAGAGAGAUUCCAGGAGAUGAAGACCCAGGCCAGCGCCCUGCGGAGCUCCAGGGGAAUGCGGGUCUGGAAUGCAGCCUGGCUGAGAUGCCAGGAGGCCCGGCAGCAGCUUCAGGAGAGGAUGCAGGAAGUGGAUGAGGUCUACCACCAACAACCACAUUCUGGCAGCUGGUGUGAACGUCACUAUGUUGAUGUAGUGAGCACUAAUGUUCAGACAGCAUCGCCCAGUGGUCAGAGUCUUGUGGUACAGUCAACUCCUGGGCCGCGACACCCGCAGUGGGAGGGCAUUGUGUCAGGGACAGUGGAUUUAGGGAAGAGAAAGCCGAUCCUGGGCAGCAACAGCACUAACUCAACAACUGUAGCCUCCUGUAACAUCAGCGUCAAACCUGAGGAUCACAGAGAUGCUGGAACCAGCGAGGGGUCAAAGGUCACUCCACAGUCACCUCGCAAGUCAUCAAAGAGAUCAGAAAGAGAGAUGAGGAGGAGACAGACGAGCAGAGCGAGGAGUGAGAGAGAUGCCGCUGCUCUGUCUCAGUCCCACACUGUUGGCUGCCAGUGGUUUCCAUGGGGACGAGGUCUUAGAGCGAGGUCGGUGAGCCAAGACUCGUGUGCCACAGGAGUAGCGACAGUGAGAUCGUCCACUCCUCCAGAGCAGCACGUUCGAUCCCCGUCAUCCUGCUCCCACCACGGUCAGCCAUCUUGUCGGAUCCUCCAGGAGGCUCAGAAGUUUCAGAUCUCCCGCCAUGGCAGCUUCUGCUCAGAGGACUCCUGUAUAAGCGACCAGGGGGCUGCUGGAGGCAAUGGGACUUCAUGCUGCAAACAUUCAAGCCUGCCCAUCGGGGGAUAUGAAGGGGGGUUUUGUUUGGCAAGUCCAAAGGAGAGUGCCAGCAAUGCCCAGAGGUUGCAGCGUGUCCUGGAGGAGCUGGUGUUCACAGAGAGGGAAUACGUCCGCUCGCUGGGCUACAUCCUGACCCACUACCUCCCUCUGCUGGAUGCACCAGACAUCCCCCAGGACCUCAGGGGCAAGCGAGGUGUCAUCUUCGGCAACCUGGAGAAGCUUUACGACUUCCACAGCCACUACUUUCUACCAGAGCUGGAGGCCUGCCAGAGGGAGCCCGCCAUGGUGGCCCGCUGCUUCCUCAGACAUAGUGAGAGUUUUGGCUUGUACGCUCUGUAUAGCAAGAACAAACCUCAGUCAGACGCCCUGAUACUACACCGUCGCCAUGACAUCUUUAAGAAAAAGCAACAGGAGCUCGGGGACAUGAUGGACCUUUCAUCGUACCUGCUGAGGCCAAUCCAGAGAAUCAGCAAAUACAGCCUCCUGCUGCAGGACAUGCUGGCUCUGUGUGGGUGCACAAAUGAGAGGGAGCGGGAGAGGGCUGAGAUCCAUGCUGCUGCAGAGCUGGUUCGCUUUCAGAUGCGCCACGGUAACGAUUUGCUCACCAUGGAUGCCAUCCAGGACUGUGAUGUGAAUUUGAAAGAGCAGGGCCAGCUGAUUCGCCAGGACGAGUUCACAGUUUUCUUUAGAAAGAAGAAAUGUGUCCGCCGCAUCUUUCUUUUUGAAGAUCUCAUCCUCUUCAGCAAGACCAAGAGAACAGAAAUUGGAAAUGAUGUUUAUGUCUACAAGCAGUCAUUUAAGACAAGCGACAUUGGUAUGACCCAUAACUCUAGUGUCAGCGGUCUGUGUUUUGAGAUCUGGUUCCGCAGAAGGAAAUGUGAGGACACCUACACUCUAAAGGCCUCCAGCAUGGAAGUGAAGAAAGCCUGGAACACCGACCUGGAGAAGAUUCUGUGGGAUCAGGCCGCUCACAGUAGAGAGCUGCGUAUGCAGGAGAGGGUGUUCAUGGGAAUGGGCCGCAAACCUUUCAUGGAUAUUCAGCCUAGUGAUGCUGCCAUCUGUGACCGAGCUGUCAGCUGUACUUUGCCUGGGAGAAGUAAGGAGGGCAUAGAAUAUACACGACCGCACUCCAUUGGCUCUGGCAGCACCGCCUCUACCACCCUCAGCCAAUCAUCUUCCUCCUCGGGCCGGGGCUCCCUCCCACCCACUGGUUAUCCUGGGAACCAGUCACAGGGAUUGGAGACCAGUCCUGCCGUCUGCUCCUCUCCUGAGGCUGUCACUGACAAUGAACUCAACAACCAUCAUCUUCAUCUUCAUCAUGACUGCGAACGCUGGAAAUCAAUCCAUCACCCUCUGAGUGUCUUGGACAGCACUGAUUCAUCUGGAGACUGCGUCAACCCCUUCAGCAGCUCAGACCGCAGCUGUUUGUCUGCUCUCGGUGGAGAGGUAGUGGAUGACUCCUCUUCAUUCGUAUCCCAGAGUUCAAAGCCCCGCCCGUCACUUUGUCGGACCCCCAGCUUGAGGAGAAACAGCUCGCCAGCAAUUACCAGAAAGAAACCAGGUGUUGCCCCCAAACCUCCACACCUGGGUGAUGCUCAGAUCAUCGUUGCGCUGAAGCUGUUCAACCCUGUCAGAGGUUUUCUGGUCGUCCUGCAGAUGGAGGAGUGA